AAAAACCCUAUUAAAAAGACUUCAAAAACCCCUGUUUUCUUAUCCAUAACUGUUCUUCUUCAUCCCCUCCUCUCGAAAAACCUCCGUGAACUACUACAAUGGACACAAGCUCCCUUCUAAUACAUCAGCCAUUACCAUGCUCAUAUAUUUCUUCUUCUUCUUCUUCUUCAUGCUCGAAACCUAAAUUUACUCUCAAUUCCUCUCCUUGUUCAUCGUUUACUUCUUAUCCGUUCGGGAAAUGCCUUCGGUGGAAUGUCCUCCCGCCAACAACCACCGUGCUCUUCUCUCUACCUCAAUCAUCACUCUUCCGUACCUCUGCGCUUGCAGUAGAGGAGAUUUUGGAAAAAUCCACCUUGGAGGAUUCUGUUUCCUCGCUUCCCAAAGUGCCUAUGCCGAAAAUCGAUAAAAGCGGGAGGUUUUGUAGUCCUAGAGCUGCCAGAGAGCUUGCGUUGUCAAUCAUAUAUGCUGCUUGUUUAGAAGGAUCCGAUCCUGUACGUCUGUUUGAGAGAAGAGUGAAUGCCAGAAGAGAACUAGGGUACGAAUUUGAUAAAGAGACAUUGAUGGAAUACAAUCAUAUGAGCUUUGGAGGACCCCCUGUGAAAACAGAAACAGCUGAAGAAGCCGAUGAGCUUCUGCAAUUAGAUGAAAAAGCCUCUGAAAUUGAGGCAGAAGUCCUUUCAGCCCCUCCAAAGCUGGUAUACAGUAAAUUAAUCUUGCGCUUCACAAGGAAAUUAUUGGUGGCAGUAGCAGAGAAGUGGGAUGAUCAUGUUGUGGUCAUUGAAAAAGUUGCUCCACAAAAUUGGAAGAAUGAACCAGCAGGAAGAAUCUUGGAGCUUUCAAUUCUCCACCUGGCCAUGUCUGAAAUCGAUGUUUUGGGUACACGUCACCAAAUUGUGAUAAACGAGGCAGUAGAUCUUGCAAAACGGUUUUGUGAUGGAUCAGCACCCCGGACAGUGAAUGGAUGCCUGAGGACAUUCAUAAAGGGCAUAAAAGGAAAUAGUGUGGCUCUUGCACAAGAUUUGGAGACUAAAAAAGAAAUCAUCUCAAAUGAGUUGUAGAAUUUAUACUCUUUUUGAGUUUGAGAUAAUGCCAAAUACCAACCAGAAUAUAUAGACUUUUUUAGUGAAGUCUUGUUGUAAGAAAGAGGAGUUGUUGUGAACUUGUUUGCAAAGUGGUGUGUGGAGGAUCAACACCUAAAGAGAACGCAUUUCUUCGUGUAUCUAAAACGGCGUUUUUUUGAUGACAUAUUUGUGUAUGAUAUAAUGUUUUUAGGUUGGAAUUGGAUAUUUUGAUGUUAAAAAGAACUUGCAUUUGGCUUGUAUUUAACAUGUAGUAUAAUUUUUAUUUUCACUUGCAUUUGACCUUA